GUGGUAUUAUAGUCAAUGCCAUAUGUGUUGGGUGCACAUACAAAUUUGGUAUUCAGUCUGUCUUCUAUUCUCGUCAACUCUCUCGACCAAACAUUCAGCUGUUGUUCACCUUCAUCUUCACCUUCGAUGGGCUUCACCAUAAGUUAUUCUUUGAAAUACUGCCCUUCAUCUUUUCGCUCAUUCUCCAACAAACCCAGGUCAGUGGAGAUCUUUUGUUGCUUAUCAUUGGAGCAAUCGAAUCACAAAAUCACCACUAAACCUACCAGCAUAAAUGGCGGCGACAGUGAAAGCAACAGUCUUCGCGUCGUUUUUGCCGCGGGAGGAACUGGAGGCCACAUCUCUCCGGCAGUGGCCAUUGCAGAUGAGCUCAAAUUCAUUGAACCCACGACGCAAAUCCUCUUCAUGGGUACCCGGAAUAGCAUGGAGAGCGCCGCUGUCCCCUCUGCCGGGUACAAUUUCCUCCCUGUUCCUGCCGUUAAGCUGUUCCGCCCAUUCUUCUCUCCUCGGAAUCUACUUCUCCCCUACAAUUUGAUCGUCUCCACCCUCCAGUGUUACCGUGAAUUGCAGGACUUCGAUCCCCAUAUCGUGGUAGGCACAGGAGGGUACGUCUCGUUCUCCAUCUGCCUCGCCGCCGCUAUCAAGGGUGCCAAGGUUGUGAUCCAGGAACAGAACUCGGUUCCGGGAAUCGCCAAUUGGGUUCUCUCAUUCUUCGCUGAUAUGGUAUUUGUGGCCUUCAAUUCUACGGUCGAUUCUUUCUGGGGGAGGCAUAAGUGCGUGGUGUGUGGGAAUCCAGUGAGGCUUUCGUUGAGAAAGUACAUUUCAAAGGCGGUGGCACGGUUGAAGUUCUUUCCGAAUUCAGUAAGGGACGAGGAGGCUAAAGUGAUUUUGGUUCUUGGAGGGUCUCUGGGGGCCAAUGCAGUAAAUAUAGCUCUGUUGAACUUGUAUUAUCAGAUGCUGUUGGAUCACCAGAACUGGUUUAUUAUAUGGCAAACAGGGGUCCAGGCUUAUGAUGAAAUGGAAAGCCUUGUCAAGAUUCGGCCACGCUUGCUUUUAAAGCCGUUCUUUCAUUCUAUGGAUUCGGCAUAUGCAGCAGCAGAUCUUAUUGUCUCGAGAGCUGGUGCAAUGACUUGUUCCGAGAUCUUGGCAACUGGGAAACCUGCUAUACUGAUACCAUCAGCAGAUGUUGCUGAAGGCCAUCAAGUAAGAAAUGCAACCCUGAUGGCAGAUGUGGCAGGUUCAAGGGUUAUUUUUGAGGAUGAACUUGAUUCAACUACUCUUGGAACUGCUAUUGAAGAGAUAUUAAGAGACGAGGCUGUAGUGGCAGAAAUGAGUGAGAGGGCACUCAAAGCUGCAAAACCAGAAGCUGCUGCAGAAAUUGUGCGGCACAUUCUUUCGCUGGUUAAGUUACCAAAGAACAAGUAGAAAAUUGAAAACUACUUAUCUGAUGCUGGGCAUUCUUGGUCGCCCAUAGCUAUGACGGUUUUCAAACACUUUGGAUCUUCCGUUGGAGUUUGAGGUCCAACAGUUGUAUCACAGGGGCUUGUUUUCAUACUUGAGCUUAUAAAGACUGGCCAUUAGUUGGAACAUGAAGAGGUUGGAGCAAAAACAUUGAAGUCACUCCCUUUUCCUGAUACGCGAAUGUGUUGAUUAAAAUAAGAAUCCAUUAAGACUGUAUCCGUAUCUGUAUCUGUAUCUGUAUCAUAUUGAACCCCUUGUCGUAUUCAGUC